AUGUGUAUUUUUACUGAUUUCCUCGGCGACAAUCUCUUGGCUCCGGGCUAUGAACUCUUCAUUAGAGAGAAUGGUGUACCAGGCAUGGGCUUUGGCCUUGCUGUGUCGAUCAUCACCAUGUCGUACAUAGUGGGAAGAUGCUUCUCCUCCGCCGUCAUGGGGCCCAUUUCUGAUCACACUGGUCGUUGGAAUGCGAUUCUUAUUUGCGAGCUUCUAACAGCAGUCGGAUUUCUCAUGCAGGCGCUGUCUUGGAGUUUUUGGUCACUCGUUGGCUUUCGCUUUUUCACCGGCUUCGUGGGUGGUACAAGGGUCGUUAUUAUUGUGUACAUAACCGAUUGGAUGUCUGACCGCAACAUGCUUACUUUCUGGAUGUCCUUCAUCCCAAUUGUCUCGAGCGUCUCGUCAUUCGCUGGUCCGUUCCUCGGUGGAAUGGUCGCUCAGGCCGAUGAAUCAGCUCCCUUGAAUCCGGCUUAUGUCGGGCUCACUCUGAAUGCCGCCAGCUUUUUCCUGGUUCUCUUCUGCAUGAGGAAGUCUCCGAAGGACGCCGGGCUUCGCCUGUGUGCAUCUAAGAGGAAUGAAACCGCUUCCGUUGCGGAAUCUAAACCGAGCAGCAUUGCGGGACCUCUUGUCGAGUGGAGAGCCGUGUGCCUCUGGUUCUUGCUCUGUGGUCUGUCCAGUGCUGGGACUCAAGGAUGGUCCCUCCUCCUGGUUACCAUUCAGAAGGAACUGGGCCUGUCCAGCAUCGUGCUUGGGUCCAUAAGUGGAUGGUGUGGUCUGAUGAUCAUAACUGGCCAGCUGGUAGUCCUCCCUUUCCUCUUCCAUCGACUCAAAUUUUCCGAAGGCGCGGUUGUCGUCUUUGGUUUUGUUCUGGCUCCCUUCAUUAUUAUCCUCGGUUUCGUCACCAACAUUUGGGCGACAAUUGCAAUCGGCUCCCUGUUCUCAUUGGGUGUCCCCUUGACCAUGACGAUGGGCUUUGCGGUACGCGGGGGAGGUCAUUUCGAGUUGAGUCUCAUCCGUUUGAGGAUUAUAUCCCCAAGAAUCUCCAAGUAG